AAGGGGUGAGGGUGAGACGCGGACGGCACGCAGAGAGGCGCCGGGUCAACGCGCCAGGUAACAACGCCUCAGGACACCCGCUGGCGUCCUCGCCGACGUCCUUCUCGUUGUCCUCGUCGUCAUCGUCGUCAUCGUCGUCAUCGUCGUCAUCGUGAAACGGCGAACGCGCCGUUGUGAUUCACCUCCAACCUGGACAGCCCGAUCCUUACCACGGAUAAUAUGAAGUCCUUCCACGCCGCCUCCUGGAGCUUCGCCCUCCUCGCGGCCACGGUCGCCUUGCUGCCCGCCACUCAUCGUGCUCCGUUCGCGCAAGCCGCAACCGGCGGAGGCAGUAUGCUGGGUGACGUCAACAUCUCCGCGAUAUUGGACGCGUUCUCCGUCAAUUACGAUAAAAGAGUAAGGCCGAACUACGGAGGUCCUCCUGUCGAGGUGGGCGUCACCAUGUACGUCUUGAGUAUCAGCUCGCUAUCCGAAGUGAAAAUGGACUUCACGCUGGAUUUUUACUUCCGGCAAUUCUGGACGGACCCGCGACUCGCGUUCAAGAAACGAAAGGGCGUCGAGACGCUGAGCGUCGGCUCGGAGUUCAUCAAGAACAUCUGGGUACCGGACACCUUCUUCGUCAACGAGAAGCAGUCGUACUUUCACAUCGCUACCACCAGCAACGAGUUCAUUCGUAUUCAUCACUCGGGAAGCAUCACGCGUAGUAUACGUUUAACGAUCACGGCAUCGUGUCCAAUGAAUCUGCAAUACUUUCCGAUGGACCGACAGCUCUGCCAUAUCGAGAUCGAGAGCUUCGGAUACACGAUGAGGGACAUCCGGUACAAGUGGAACGAGGGACCGAACAGCGUCGGUGUCAGCAACGAGGUCUCCCUACCUCAGUUCAAGGUCCUUGGUCAUCGUCAACGUGCCAUGGAGAUUAGUCUUACUACCGGAAAUUAUUCGCGGCUGGCCUGCGAGAUCCAGUUCGUACGGUCGAUGGGCUACUACCUGAUUCAAAUCUACAUUCCCUCGGGCUUGAUCGUCAUUAUCUCGUGGGUGAGCUUCUGGCUGAACCGAAACGCGACACCGGCUCGAGUCGCCCUUGGAGUCACCACUGUGCUCACCAUGACCACCCUUAUGUCGUCGACGAACGCGGCGUUACCGAAAAUCUCUUACGUCAAAUCCAUCGACGUUUACCUGGGCACGUGUUUCGUCAUGGUGUUCGCAUCGUUGCUCGAAUACGCGACGGUGGGUUACAUGGCAAAGAGGAUUCAAAUGAGGAAGAAUCGUUUCCAAAAGAUAGCGGAGAGUAUGAAAACGGCGAGAGAGAAUCCAGGACCGCCAGGGGUGCCCGGUGAUCACGGCGACCACGCGCCUAAGCAAACUUGGUCCCGUGUUGUCCAGGAGGUGCGGUUCAAGGUGCACGACCCGAAGGCACACAGCAAAGGUGGGACACUCGAGAACACCAUAAACGGACGAGCCGACGAGGAGGCAGCGCCAGCGCCCCAACAUCUCAUUCAUCCUGGCAAGGAUAUCAGCAAACUUUACGGUAUGACGCCAUCGGACAUCGACAAAUACUCCCGCAUCGUGUUCCCGGUGUGUUUCGUCUGUUUCAACCUGAUGUACUGGAUCAUCUAUCUGCACAUCAGCGACGUGGUGGCGGACGAUCUGGUGCUCCUCGAGGAGGCGAAGUAAACGCGAACAAAUUGUUCGUUGAUAGCGAAGGGAACGUGCGGUCAAAGACAGCUACAAAAGUAUAAAAACGACAAACGGGGGUGGGAUGGGAAAGGGGGUGAAAACAAUUCGCAAGCGGAACUAGAAAUAGAUCGAGAAUCAAUGUCCUGCAAAUAGGACGGACUAAAAAUAACGCUGUGAUUAAUUUGAAGCGAGUGGAGGUAGAGAAACAAAAAAAAAAAGAAAAAAAAACAAAAAACUGUAUAAAUUAAACCGAGACACAGGCACGCCGGAUCGACGAACAAGGAAACCAGCAAGAAACAGGAAGAGAGAAGAAAACGAUAUCGUUUUACCGAUACGACGACGACGACGACGACGAGGGAUGGAAAGUGUCGAGACCAAAAACACGUGGACGAAGAACAAGUUGAACGAGCCUCGCUUUUGUGAUUCGUUACGAAACCAAGGGAUAGAAUCGGUUGCUGGUCAGACCGGUCGGACGAGAGAAAACCGCGCUGUGACUACUUUCGUGACAUUCCAAAAAGCGUAGCACGCCGAACCGUAAAUAUCCCGUCGAAGUGAUAUUUCCCGAUAAACGCGAUCCCUCUCGCCGACGAACGCGAGAUAGCAAAAGUGAGCAAAACACGAGGGGAACGAGAAAGAGAGAAAAUCGAGCGAAUACCAGGAGCGUGCAUACCUUUAAAACAUUGCCAGUCUAGGUACCUAGGUCUUAAAAAAAGAAAAAAAAAAUAAGAGAGAAAACGAAAGAAGAGAAUACCUUCGAUAUAAACACUUGUCAAUUUAGCCAUCAUUAUAUACAUACAUAUAUAUAUACAUAUAUAUAUAGUAAAAUUAACUACCCCGUACGGGGAGAGGAAUAUAAGAAAAGAAAGAAAGAAAUUAAGGAAAUUCGUCGACUCGAGACGACGAAUCGGGAGACGGCCAAUGGAGAACAAGAGGUUCGAAGAGAAGGUAGCUCGGAAAAUGGCGCUCAGAGUGUAGAUGAGAUCGAGCUGAAACGAACGAGGAAUCGCAAGAAUCCCGUAUACAUAUGCGAGACGGCGCGAGAAUGGACGCGUGUGUUCGCCACUGUCCUUACGAGUGGCUUUAUUCGAGAGUGCGUGUGUGUGUGUGGUUCGCGUGGGUGCGUGUGCAUGUGUGUGUCCCGCGAGCGCCAGGGCGCGUGCACGAGAGGAAAAGAGCCGAUGUGAAAGAGAACAAAAGAAAAGAAACAAAAGGAUAAGGUUUUUAUUUCGUACGAGGAGAAAGAAAAAAUGAAAAUCUAAGAAAACGGUUCACUACCGGAAACUGGUGCGACUAAAUCCGUUUAAGUAAGUACGUUCUAAGUAUCUACGUAUGUAAGAGAGGAUGCGUGACGAUUAGGUAAUUAUACGUGGAUAGACACACGUACACGAUGAUCCGCGGGUCGAACCCGGAUCCGGGGAAUUGAAAGAGAAGCCCAGGUCUGGUCCGCGCGAUCGACGCGAGUCGCAUCAUUUCGAGGUAGAGCUGUUUCUCGAACGUCUUUUUUAUUGCCACGAACGUUAUGUGUGUCCGUUUCAUUUUAUACCACUUUUUUACCAUUUAUAGAAACUCGUCGGACGAAGCGACUUUUAUAUUUCCGUCACCUCUAUGUGUAUGGCCGCGAUCCUCCCUCGGAAUCGUUGUAACUUCCGUGAUAUCGUCGCGGCGCGCGACCCUGUACGUGUUCGUGUUCGUGUACGUGGACCACGCUGAAAACGUGGGGAAUUACUUUAGCUGGUAUAAAACCACGUAGGCCGCCAGCCGUUUACGUAGAGAUACUCUCCUGGGACGUCAGAGUUAUUCCAAUUUUCCGAUCGACAACCGAAGGAUAGGAGGUUAACGUAUGGCGAGCGAAGGAGGGAUAAAUACUUUUCUUAGCCUUCUUCGUUUAUUAACAGAGGGCGAAAUGAAACAGCUGAAUUCCUCUGUUCCGCGGCACGCGAGUAUAGGGAUGAAAAACGUCCUAGCGGAAGGGCGGGAAGAACGAGAGCGAAAGGAGAAGGGUUGAAAUAAAAAUCGUCUCUCUUUCAACCGAUCUGUGCACGCUGUUCGUCGCUCCACAAGUUAUCCCUCUGUCAUUAAUGUGGCUACCUAACGCCUCUUCUUCCUCAUUAAAGCUUCUAUCGAGAAAGGAAGAACGGAAGUUGCAGGAGAACAGGCGCUGCGAUGGUUUACGUGGCAGGGUUGCAUAAAGCGAACGCGACAAAACGGGCUCGCGAUCGCGUUUAUCUCGGCGCGUGGAUUAGUUUCACCGUCGGCGCACAGCCGCGUACAUGUGUACGGUCCUUCCGUAGAGAGGCCCUUCGCUUUCCACGUGCGCCAACCGUCGCUACGUUUUUCCCCCGAGUUAAUUAACGCCAAUUGUAUGCCGUUCUACUUCCGUCUUUUGGAUACCCCGCUGCAGCCUGUUCGCGUUUUUCCUCUCGCCUUCUCUUCUCUCCGUGUAUACAAACGUACACGCGUCUCUACCCCUCUCUAUUCUCUCUUUCCACCCUCUUCGUCCUCUCAUCGUUCCUUCUCGCUUCUCUAUCUUCCAACGUGGUUGCCGACUGCAGACUGGGUCGUGGAAGCUUGCCAUUCAAGAUAUCGACCAGCUGACACGCCCAACCCACCCUCUACCCUCUGUGUCUCUGCUAUAUUCAUCUUUCUCUCUUUCUCUCAUCUCCUAUCUCGCUCUCCUCCUCUAUCGGACCAGCUAUUCGCCGCGUCGCCUCGCGUCGCGUCGUUCUUCUCCACAAUCGCCAAACAGUCCGUUUGCCAGACGCUCUUGCUCAUUGUGCAUUUAAUAAGGAGCUUCUUGCCUCGCUACUCCGCGAGAAUUCUUUAUAAAAGUAGGUAAUCUUGCUCGAGGAUCUCCUCGCUCGCCAUCCGCCCUCGAAUAUACGGGAAAGAAAAAAAUCAAGUGGCCGAGGGAAGUUCGUGUUUGGCCGUCCCGUUGUACCACGUUCGACCGAGAACAACGGGACGAGUGGUGUGUCCCUUUCUGAAUCGCGCGGAUCGUUUGUAUUAUUUGAUAUAUAUUUCUUUUUUUUUCUUUUUUUUUCCAAAUUUCGAGGAAAUGAAAGAAGGAAAAGAAAGGGGAGCAAUCGAUUCGGUGGCGAGGUGCGACGGGACGCGAAUCGACAUUUCUUAUCCCUCGUUCGUCUCUUCGUUCUGCACGUGUUAAAUGAUAGAACGUAAGUUAUAUCGACGAUACUUCCACGUCCGCCCCACCGGAAGCAUUACUAAUGCAAUUUAUAUAUGUAUAAUUGUACAUCCGUUAUCUACUUGGAAUCUCUAUUCUUAGCGAGGAAAACGAAGGAAAUGAAAAGUGGAAUGGAACUAGCGUUUUAUCGUUGUGAUAUAUUCUAUAGUGUCUAUAUGCAUUUAUUCAUACGUAUAAUCCACGUAUGCGUUUAUGCAUACCCACGUGUUUGUACGUAUGUACGGUUAUAAUACGUGUGCCUAUUGUUUACGUUGGAUCUACGAACCGUGGUGCGAGAUCGUUGCGGAGGAACUGGCGCGUCACAAAGCCGAACGACGAGGAUAAGCUCUUCCGUAGCUAGGCGAACAUUAUUAACGUUAGGAAAUUAAGCUAAGCUAAGGUGUUACACAUCUACGUAACGAUAGAACGAACAAUGGACCUUGAUACGUUUUAUUUAAUUUCACUCGCGCUGCGCCACCCCGCGAAUACGACGAAAUUAGAAUCCUCGAGGUGCACGCGACCAUUCGAAACAACUAAAUUACGAUACCCGGAGAAUCGAUCAGGCUAAUCUCCGAUAAAUCACAUUCGUGUACGCUCCGAUAUUUCCCGCCCAUUUCUCGCUAACACGAUUACGAAUGUACAUAGGUUUAUCUGACACGUUUCCACGAAGAACGGCAGUGCUGGAAUUCCUUCCAAAUGGCGUGAAAUAGAAAAUCUCUUAGAUACGUAUGAAAUGUUUGGAAAAAAAAAGGUCUAAGAUUUUAGAGAUUUAUUCGAAGAAACAGAAGAUAUUUAACACAAGUUUUAAAAUAAUUUUAAUAAAUUCGUUCCUGAAUAGGUAUCGUUAAUUCCUCGUUUCAAAUUGUAAAGAACACGAUUGAACAAAAAUUGAUAUUUGGAAUAUAUGUUGCACUUCUGUUCUUUCGAACAGAAACGUGUUAAUUACAAAUGAUUCCUGAAUUCAUGGUAUGUAUACUCGCGAAUAAAUCAGGGUUUCCUGGAAAAAAUGCUAAUGUCCCGGGUUCUCACCCUACCCCGUAAGCAGCCCAGUGCACGAGAGAGGAUCCCCUAUCUAUAGGUCUGUGGCGGACCAUCCCUUACGUGUGAACGCAGGAAAAUUUGAAUUAAUAUUCACGUUACUAUUCUAUACUAAAUUUUAUAAUAUUUAGUAGUUAAAAAUUAAAUU